UUCCAAUUGUUCUACACACAAAUUUCAUAUUUGAAACGAUACUAAUUUAUUGUAAAAUAUUGUUAGCCUUAGCAUGUCAGAGCCCAAAGAUGAUCCCUCUGGCAUUGCACAGCGUCUUGAAGAGCUUAAUCAGUGGCAAGAGGAACAAAAGAAAAUUUUAUUUGAACGGCAAAAUAAUCAACGAAAACUUCUUGGGCUGGAGCACAGGAAAAUGUAUGAAACUCUUGGAAUUUAUCAUCAUUCCGAUUCGAGUGUAUUAGAUGAAAAUGAUGAUGAUGAAAGGGCAGACAAAUCUGACUCUAAUAGUGAGGCAGAUAUGGGAGUAAGUGCUCUUGACCAAACCGUCGACGAAGAAGACCAAGAACCCCAAGCAAACACAAAGCGACCUUUCCUUCGAAGGAAACAAGGCUUGAUAAAUCGUUUUAAAGUUGAUCCUGAUCAAUUUCGCCUGAAUAACCUUCCGCCAUACAAAUUUUCUUCUUCUCAUCCAAGUUUAAAAGCAAACUGUGCAAAAAAGCCACCAGAAAAGAUUAAAAAACAAAAGGACUCCCGACCCAUUUCGAAAGCAGUUUUGAGACUAAAACCCAGUGAUAAGCCAAAAACAAAUCCUUCGAACCUCGAUGAAUUGGAAGAAAAAUUUCAAAAGUCUUUAAUUUCAUCUCAAACCGCUUGCAAUUCAACACCAGAUAUCAAAUCUCAAUUGUCACAGUCGUCUAUCAAAGAAACACCUGAACCAAUUUCCUGGGCUACAAUUCUUGAUCCAAUGAACAUUAAGCCAAUUGAAAAACCGUCUUUUAGUCCAAUUUGUUUGGAAUCGAAUGACAAUACGGAUAACAUGAGUAUUUUUGAAUUGCUCGAGCAAAAGGCCAAAGAUGGCAGCUUUGAUUUGAAUUCAAGUUAUAUAAAAAGGUUCAUGAGAAACACACAUAAAUAUCAAAAUGAAGAAGAAGAAGCUGAUUCUCCGAUUGCCCUCAAGCUUCCCCCUAUUCCUUAUGAAAUACAUUCUAGCUCUAAAUCCCUGGUUUCCGAUUCAUCUGGAUCGGAAGUUGAAGAAGAAGAAGACAAGGAGGAAAUAGAUACCAGCCAACCUAAGCUGUCAGCUAGAGUUAGGUUUUCUGAUGACCCUCCACUACCACUAAUAAAACCUUUAGAAACAAACCAAUCGCAAUCGCAAACACUUGAGAAUAGCGAUGCGUCACAAGUCUUUGAAGAAUUUAAAAAACGCCUGUUUGCCAAUCAAACUGCUGACUCAAACACAACCAUCGAAAAUAGGCCGAAUAACGAGAUAGCACAAGAUAUUCUUCAGAAAGCCGAACUAAUACGAGUUCGAUUAACUGAACUCGAAGCCGAAAUUAAUACAUUUAAGAAAAAUAACUUAGAAUUAGUAAAGUCGAAGCAGGAACACGAACUAGACAAGGCUCAUUUUGAACAAGAAUGCUUAGAAGCCGCCGAAAAACUCAACGACGAAAGGAUUCAAAUGGAAAUCUAUUUACACGACGAACGUAUGAAGAUCGAAGCAGAUCGCAAAAAAAUGGAGAAGCAAAUUCGACAUCAGAAGGCUUUAAGCUCAGGAAAGGAAAAAAAAGAAAUAGCCAAAUUGCAAGAAGAAAUAGAAAGUUUGCAAAAGGAUAUGAAGAAAAAAGAUGAAGCGCAUAUAGCAGCACAAUCGAGAUUAAGAGCUCAAGUAAGAAAUCUUGAAAAAGAUGUUCGACAGUUAAAUGUUGAAAUUGAGGUACUUACCAAAGAGAAUAAAAGACUAGAAGCAGAGAAUCUAAAAAUCAAUCGACAAAAUAACAAUAAAAUGCUGCAAGAAAUUAAUAGGAACAUUGCUAAACUGGCACCCAAAGGGAAUUCUGUAGGUUAUGUGGAGGAAUCACCCAAAACUAAAACGUACAAUACUUCAAAGCAUCAACCGAAAACCAAAACACUGACUCAACGUAGAAGCAGCGAGUUGAAACGAAAACCAAGUCUUAUAAAACGACAAGAAACACCUGUCAAUAGCUCUGAAGAUGAUCUGAGCAGUGUGUCUUCUGAUGAGGCCAGUCAUCAAAAAUCCAUUUCAAAAGUAACCUUUGCAAAAUCAGCAACGACAUCUCCGCAGACUCAAAAACCACCAACAAACAAAUUAGAUCCAAACGAUUCAACUCAAAUUGAAGCAGAUGCUUCAUUCAAACGUGAAAUUCGGAAUCCCGAUGGCAGCAAAGACAUUUGGUAUCCAAAUGGCAAUCUUAAGAAAAUAUCAUCCGAUGGGAUGAUAAUUCGAAUGCUCUAUUUUAACAAAGAUAUAAAAGAAACAAAUAUUAAUGAAGGUACAGUCAAGUACUAUUACGCCGAAACGAAUACAUGGCAUACAACUUACCUAGAUGGUCUUGAAAUCUUGGAAUUUCCCAAUGGACAAACCGAACAUCGAUACAAGGAUGGAAAAAUUGAAGUGCACUUUCCGAAUAAUUCAAUUAAAGUAACUAAUCCAUCGGAUGAAAAUAAAUUAGAAGAAUGGAGAUUCGCUGAUGGAACAAAUUUAAUUCAAAUGAAAAACGGUGAUAAGAUUCUUUUGAUGUCAAAUGGACAGAAAGAGAUUCAUACAGCGCACAGUAAGCGGAGGGAGUAUCCAGAUGGAACUGUAAAAUUGCUAUAUCCAGAUGGUAGCCAGGAAACGAGAUAUUCAAAUGGGAGAGUUAGGCUUAAAGAUAAAGAUGGUAAUUUAGUUAUGGACACGGACAAUGUUAAAUACUAGUUUUUAGCAGGCUUAAUUUAAGCUGAGUGAUUUUGAGAAGAACAAGUUAAAUUUUGCAAACAAUAUUGUGAUUAUUUUUAUGAUUUUCUUAUGUUACUCAUAGAGUUCUUUGGUUUAGAAUAAAGUUAAAUUAUUUAUU